CAAUGGGCGGGAACUGGGGGUGGUUACCGCCCCUUUGCUCGCGGUUUUCAAACAGGUCCGUCUCGUUGCUACAAAAGGGCUGAGUGGCGCCGCGGCCCGCAGUGCCUGGCCGGUUUCGGAGACUGUUGUUCGCGAUGUCGGGCCGCGGCAAGGGCGGGAAGGGCCUGGGCAAGGGCGGCGCCAAGCGCCACCGCAAGGUGCUGCGCGACAACAUCCAGGGCAUCACCAAGCCCGCCAUCCGGCGGCUGGCCCGGCGCGGCGGCGUCAAGCGCAUCUCCGGCCUCAUCUACGAGGAGACCCGCGGGGUGCUCAAGGUGUUCCUGGAGAACGUGAUCCGGGACGCCGUCACCUACACGGAGCAUGCCAAGCGCAAGACGGUCACGGCCAUGGACGUGGUCUACGCGCUCAAGCGCCAGGGCCGCACCCUCUACGGCUUCGGGGGCUGAGCGUUCCCAUCUUCCCCCCCGGAACACCGCGAUUCUCAACCAAAGGCCCUUUUCAGGGCCACCCAUCUCGUCUUCCAAAAGAGUUGUUUACCUCCUAGUGUUCAGUAGUUUCUAAUACUUGGCAGACGUUUUUGCAGUUCUUGGGAUACGGUUUGCUACUGUGUUUCUGCAUUUUUCGUUUUUCGAAGAUCAGAAGUUUGUACUAAAGGUUCAUGUGGAUCCAUGUGGUUUUUGCGUCUUAAGGGGUCCUCUUACACAGCUGUUUUCAGCCUGAAACCGGAAGGACCUGUCCACAUGCAGAUUUAGUUUUCUCCAGUGUUUGUGUUGGCUCGAAAUGGCGAAUGAUCUUGUACUGAAUACAAGGCCAUGUAAUGUUCAGUUAACAGGUGAGAAUACUGCUGACUCUGCCACGUUCCGGGGAGUGCGUGACUGGUCUUUCAGAUUCCACCUCUACGGGUCAGAAAAAAAUGCUAAGUUCUCAAGUGGGUUGCUCGUUCUGUCAGUUUAUCAUCUCAGACCGGCAACUUUGCCAGUGUAUACUUACUUCCCUGUGAUCACAAUGGGUUUGGUUUUCUGAAGAAUCGGGGGGGAGGGGGUUAUUUCGCUGUAGACUGGCCAUUUUCCAAUAAAAUUUGUUCACUGGAACGUAAA